AUGAAUGGAUUUAGGUAUACUGAAUGUGCUAGAAUGAUUAUUAGCAUGUCUACCUCAACUAACUAUGUUGAAUUGGUUGGAUUGUUGCAUGAGAAAAUGGGAACAAAUAGUGAAAAUAUUCAUAUGGAUAUUUCUGGAAAAUAUCCAUGUUCAAUUCAAGGUAACAAUACAAGGUUCAUUGAGUUUAAAAUUGAGAAUGACCAAUCUUUGUUACAAUUCCUUUUCAUACCUCAAAAAUUUGCGGAUAAGAUUGAUAUAAAUGUUUUGGAGAUGUAUGUAAAGUCCAAAUCAACAGAUCAAAAUGUUGUAUUUCAAGUUAGUGGUCAUCAUGGUUAUCACAUGAAUUUAUUGGCUCAAAAUUAUGGCUUUACCAUGGCCAAUCAACCUCAUUUUGUAGAACCGAUUGUUCAACCACUAUUCCAACAAUUGUCGAUGCAUGGUCAUCGAUCAUUUGGUGAAGGGUCAAGUAGUCAAAUGCAUAUUGAUAAUAGUCACAGAGAUUAUGAGGUCAGAGAUAAUGAGACCAACGUUGAUCUAUAUAAUGAUGUAAAUGCUGAAAUUAGUGAUGAAAGUUCGGAGGAAGAUGAACCUCCAAAAGAUGGUGAUGAAAGUGAACCUGAUGAAGAUAUCGAUGAUAUUAGAGAUUUUUUUCAAAAUGAUGUAAAUCUUCAUAAUCAUAAACAAGGCGUGUCUGAAAUACAAAAUCAUGACAUACCCUAUUUCAGGACAUUAGAGAAUGAUGAGGACAUUUUCAUGUCUACAUGUGAAUCUGAGCUGGAAUAUUGUUCAGUUUGGUCUGAGGAAGCAAAAAAGGAUUUGAAAAAAGGUAUGUUUUUUAGUAGUAAAGAAAAGUUGAAACGGGCGGUAACGAUUUGGAGUUUGCACAAAAAUAAGGAGUUCAAGGUGGUAACAUCUACCAAGAGUCUAUGGGUUGUGAGAUGUAAGUUUUAUAGUUUAUUGGGUUGCUUGUGGUUUCUUCGAGGUCGAAAAGUUGGAGAUAACCUUUGGAAAAUAGGAAAAUAUGUUGAAAACCAUAGAUGUGAGACUGAAGGGCUUUCUAGUGGUCACGCCAAUCUAAAUACCAAUUUGAUAGCAUCAUUGUUUCUAAAUCAAAUUAGAAAAAAUCCUAAGUACUUGGUGGUAGAUGUCAUUUCAAAGGUUCACGAAAAAUUUGGUCAUCAAGUGACAUACAGAAAAGCGUGGCUUGGACGUCAACGCGCAUUUGAAUUGGUGUAUGGUGACUUUGAGAAAUCAUUUAGUGACCUACCUAAAUUUUUUAUAGCUUUUCAACACUUUAACCAUGGAACAGUUGUGGAAUGGAAACACGAAGAGUCUAUGAGUUCAUCAGAGGUAAAAACUUUUAAAUAUGUAUUUUGGGCUUUCAAGCCAUGCAUAGAUGGAUUCCAAACAUGUCGCCCUGUUAUUUCAGUAGAUGGAACUCAUAUUUAUGGAAAAUAUGAGAUCAAAUUAUUAAUUGCUGUUGGAAUUGAUGGAAAUGAUAACAUUCUUCCUUUAGCGUUUGCUAUUGUAGACAAAGAGUCAAAAGAGGCAUGGAAGUGGUUUUUUAGAAAUUUGAGUGCAUAUGUGAUAAAAAGUAGAGAAGAUGUAUGUGUUAUAUCUGAUAGGGCAAAAGGAAUCUUGACUAGUUUGCAGGAGUUGCGGCGAUUUCAAGAGCCUCGAGCCUUCCAUCGAUUUUGCAUAAGGCAUCUGAAGAGCAACUUUCAAUCUAAAUUUCCAAACAAGGACCUCAGCAGAUUGAUGUGGAGGGCUGCUUCAGCCCAUCAAGUAAGGAAGUUUGAAUCCUUGAUGUGGCAAAUUAGAGAAGAAAAUGUCGAAGCACAUGAAUACCUCAUGGAAAUUCCCUUGGACAAAUGGACCAUUAGCCAUGAUGGUGGAAAAAGAUGGGGAGUGUUGACAACAAAUCUUUCAGAGUCGUUCAAUGGAGUGUUGAAAAAAGCACGAGGUUUGCCUGUCACUGCUAUGGUUAGACUUUCAUUGGAGCAAACUAUUGAACGGUAUACCCGUAGGUCUCAAAUAGCGCACCAACUUGCAGAACAAAAUGAAUUAUGGACUGGGAGGUUCAAAACAAAGUGGGAGAAGAAUUUUGAAAGUUCAAAAAGGCACUUUGUUUUUGAUUGGAAUAUACCCACAGGGGUAUACGAGGUUAGAUCUAUACAGGUUGAUGGUACUGGUGGUAAUCCUCAUUGUGUUUCACUGAAUGAAGGAAAAUGUGAUUGUGGAAAAUGGGUUAAUUUGCACUUCCCAUGUUCACAUGUCAUGAAGGUAGCUAAUAGAAUGGGGGGGCUAGCUAGAAAUUUUGUUAGCGAACAUUUCACAAUAGAGAAUUAUGUUGCAACAUAUUCUGGGUCAUUCUCACCAAUUGGUCAUGAGGCAUAUUGGCCAUCUCCAAGUUUUACAAUGAGAAGUAAUGAAUUCUAUCGUCGUCCUAAUCGGCCAAGGACAACUAGAAUACCUAAUGAAAUGGAUCGUGGUUCUACAGUGUAUGAGCGAGCUUGUGGAUUAUGUAGGCAGACUGGACAUGAUAGGCGUCGAUGUCCCAAUCGUAAAUAA